GCUCCGUUAUCCUUUCAUGAUUCUGGAAGCUCAUUAUAUUCGUUCCUUGGUUUGUCUUCCCACCACUCGUUUCUGAUCUCCGGCUACAAGCAGGAUGGAUCACCAGCGCGAAAGUUUAAUUCAGUGAAACUUCCGUUAUCUCCUUCCAAUCUUCUCCAUUCCUGCUAUGACUUUGACCACGUGCACUCCUCGCUUCUCUCGGCUUCCUCCUCCUCCUCGUUCUCCUUCAAGUCUUCCGCAACUAUGCGAAACAUGCGCACUUCACUGUGGCAACACUUCUUUCCUGCCUCACCUCCUGGGGUGCUCCUCAGUUUCGUUCAAUAUAUCGAAAUUCAUCAAGGCUAAAGCUUCUGUGAGUGAGAGCGAUCAUGAGAUUUCAGCAAAUAACGUUUCGGAGUUAUUGGACCAGGAGUUACUGGUCAGCGUUGCCGCUGCCAAAGACGCCGACGAGGCAUUGCAGAUAAUCGCUGAAAAGUCUAGAAGAGAUGAAGGUGUUGUUUGCACGACUGAUUGUUGCUCCAUUAUAGUGGCUGCACUUAAUCGGAACAAUGCGGAGCUGGCUUUGUCGGUAUUCUUCGCCAUGAGCUCUAGUUUUAAUCAAGUUGCUGAGAAGGGCCCUUUGGUUGAGAGAUGGAAGUGGUCCAGGCCAAAUGCGCAUGCUUACACGUUGUUAAUUCAGGGUCUUGCAUCAUCAUUAAGGGUUUCAGAUGCUCUUCGGGUCAUUAAAUAUAUUUGUGAAGUGGCAGUAUCUCCUGGUGAGGAGAUAUUGUUGCAGGUGCCUUUUGGAAAGAUAGUGAGAUGUCCUAGUUGUAGGAUAGCUGUUGCUGUUGCGCAGCCACAGCAAGGUAUUCAGUUGGUAUCCUGUGCGAAGUGUCGCUACGAAUAUGAACUUGUUUCUGGUGACAUAAUCAGUAUUCAAUCUGAAGAAAUCAGCAUGGAUAUUACGCCAUGGGAAAGGGGGCUAAAAUUCCUUCAACUGAAGAAGCGAAGCAUUCCUGCUGCAGUUCAUUCCAUUGUGGUGCAGACCCCUUCAGGUAUGGCUCGCACACAUAGAUUUGCAACUGAAACAGUUGAUGUGCCAGCGCAAGUAGGAGAAAGGGUAACUGUUGCUGUGGCAGCUCCAUCAAAUGUCUAUAGAGAGGUAGGCCCCUUCAGAUUUAGUCCCAGGGCCCCUGAUUUCUAUCCUGGUGAGGCUAUGUGCUUGACGAACCACAAAGAUGGCCGAGAAUCACUUCUAUUAAGAGCCCCAAGAAAAGAAGGAGAUUCAUCAUUGCUUAAACCCUAUUUCCUUUUUCCUCUUCUUGCUGUAUUUGCAACCGGUGAUGCAGCAUCUGGACUUAUUGACCCCAGCCUGCCCCAGUUUAUAUCAGUUGUUGCAGUUUCAUCUCUUGCUGUUGGGGCAACAUUGAAUUCUUUUGUUUUUCCCCAGUUGAAUCUGCUUCCGCAAGGAUCAGUUGAAGCAAUCGCUAUCAAACAACAACUUUUAUCUCAAUAUGAUGUGCUUCAGUCUCGCAUCAAAGACCUAAAAGAAGCUUCUGAAAAAGAGGUGUGGAUGUUGGCUCGAAUGUGCCAACUGGAAAACAAAAUUUCUGUUGUUGGAGAACCCUCAUAUCGAGCUCGUAAAAGUAGAAUCAAGAGGGUACGAGAGAGCUUGCAGAAGUCCCUCAGGGGACGGAUUGAAUUGAUCGACAGCUAUGCCAGAAUCUCUUCAAUGAUUGAAAUUGAGGUGGAGAUGGACACUGAUGUUCCUGCUGCUGAAACUGUGAGCAACGCGGAUAAUAUCAUGGAACAGAUACAACAAAUCAUGGAGCUUGAAAAUCUUGAAGAGAGAUGGAAAAUACAAGCCGAAGCCAAUGAUGAGGCUGAAAGACUUCUUAGUUCGCAGUCCUUACCUUAUGAAGAAGUUUAGCCAUGUUCAAAUGCAUCGGGUUUAUAGAGCUACAUCACAAGGCAACGUUAGACAAGUUAAUUUCCGACAAAAUGGUUGCUGUUAUGUCAGAUCAGAACGGAAUUGCAUACGAUGAUAUGGGAUGACGUGGCGUCUGAAAAGGGCCAGUGAAGACGAGCCUCCUGGCUCCAGAAGCCAAGCAUGGAUCACAGGUCACAGCACAUAGUGGGUAACUUCAUUUUAAAUCGUCUUUGUCGUCCUGUUUUACAGAUGAGCAGGCCUUUUAAAGGCCUAGGAUAGUAGGGAUUAUUAUGUCAUAUCGAGUAAGUGAGUAAUCAUUGUUGAUCUUUCCUAUCAUGCGCAAAUCUGUACCCAAUUCUUGCCAACAUUCAAAAGUGAGGUUCCUUGCUGUAGCUAUGCUUAUAUUUGGGAAAGCAUUGGUUCCUGCCUGGUCUA